ACUUCAGUGGUGCGCAGGACGGGCUCAGAGCAGAGGAGCUCUUGGGAGGAACUGGGAUACCUUUAUAUUUUGGGGAUUUACCGUCAAGCAAGGAUCCAGUGUGCACACAGCCGGAUUUCAGUGGAUUAUCUUCGCUAUCAGCCAGGAUGAAAGUGGUUUCCCUCGCCCUACUCUACCUGGGCUCCGUCUCCUUCUUCGGGGUGGAGGCUGCCAAGCUGGACAUCGCGUCGGACUUCAAGAGAAAGUGGAGCAGUUGGAGAGUCCGGCGGUACGCGCUUACCGCGGGGCAGGCGGCAGCCCUCGGAGAAGCCAAGAGCCCGGCAGACAGACGGCCAGCAGCCGAGCGGAAGCCGGGGCUCACCGCGGGGCAGGCGGCUGCCGGAGUGAAGAGGUCCGGGCGCAGCCUGGACAGCGUCCGCGCUCCGCGCAACCCCAGCAUCCAGACCCUGAGGGAGAUGUGCGGGUUCGGGACAUGCACGGUGCACAACCUCGCACAUCUCAUCCACCACUUCAUGGACAAGAACAAGGACGUCUCCCCCCCUCCCGAGAAACUCGGCCCGCACGGCUACGGCCGCCGCAGGAGGCGCUCGCUGCUGGACAUCGUCGCCACGGUCACCUCCACCGGCACAGGGACAGCGUCCGGCCUGGUGGGCUCGCUGGUGCAGGAAGGCCCCUUGGCUGGGGUCUUGGCCCAGUAGCCCUAGCAGGCGCCGGCGCCGCGCCGCGCCCCCUCCCGGGAGACGCGAGAGGGCCGAGACCUGUUGCCCGAGGGGAGCCUUCGGCGCUCGGCAAGCGGGGAAAGGGGGCUCGCUCACCUUCAGGGAUCCGGAGGCUACCGGCAGGAACGCGGGAGGGGAAGGCGAGCGGCGGCUGAGCCCGUGCUGCGCCUGGAGGGACGGAAGUGGAAUGAUGAAACUGUGCAAAAAAGGACCUUUCCCCUCCCUUGUGUGGUGGUGAGCUUUCGGUGGUGACGGGCUCUUCCCUUCUGCUCCCCAUAGACUGUCUCCCCGCUUCUCCUCCUCUCCCCCCCUUCACACGGCAGGGAAUUGGCGACCCGCAAGCCCCUCUCUGGGCAGGGGCUGCUGUCUUAUACUUGAACGGCCUGGCCAGGCGAAGUGCAAUGGACUCGGUGGGCGCGGUGUGGCUUGUCGCGAGCGGCUGAGCAGGAAUGAGUGGCUGGGUGGAUGUUUGCAUGAAAGGAAUGCGCCGUAUUUAAAGAAUUGUCUCCUGUCCUUGUAUUCUUUUAAACUACAGAGUUAUUUUUAUAUGUUAUAUAUAUAUAUAUCUAUUGUGUAUGGGCAUUUUUUUUUACUCCGUUAUUUUUUUU